AUGAGCCAGGUAUUUCCACGCACUAGGACAGGCUGCCUCACUUGCCGCCAGCGGAAAAAGAAAUGCGACGAAGAGAAGCCGCACUGCCGGGCAUGCAAGCGUAACAAAUUGGACUGCUCGUGGCCACCACACAUACGCCGGAGGUUCGGUCUCGACGAUCACAAGGAAAUAUCCAAUGAUGGGAACUCCAAUGCGUCGCUGGUGGUCAAAAAGAGCUCUACAGAGACCUCGGUCAAGUCUGCAUCCACCUCUCACACUGGUGGGGCUUCCCCUAAAUUUACAAACAAUACCGAGCUCGAUGAAGUCGUCUGGUUUCGGGGACUCAAAGCUUUCCUGAGCCCAAUGCGAGCGGGGAUGCUGCCACCAGUAUCCCAAACCUUGCUCUCACACUACCUUGAAUCCACCGCUCCUAAAUUAUCCCCUUCGUCGGACGUGCCAUUUGCUUCUUGGGUUAUGCCCAUUGCCUAUAAUGAUAACCUCCUUAUGCACAGCAUUCUGGCACUUAGCGGGGCGCAUCUCUCUUAUCAAUCACAAGAAAAUAUCGAAAUCCACCAGGCAACUUUCCGGCAUUAUUCUUUGGCAGUGAGGACCCUUCGCCGUAUAUCGGAGGAUGAGAUCCUCCUUCGCGAACCUUUGGUACUCCUUCGAGUUAUGUUGACUGUGAUGAUCCUUUGUCAUUACGAGGUAAUCUUAGGAAAUCUUGACGGAUCCCCUUUCACCCACCUUCGGGCUAGCCGUUACCUGCUUCUGGAAUUGCGAAACAGACGCCACCGGAUUAAGACCGCUUCCGAAAUGAAGUUGUAUGGAUUUGUAACGGAGCUCUAUUCUUACAUAGUCCUCUGCAAUACUAUCACUCCCUUCGGAAUGAACAGUAACCGAACCCUCACACACGACUCAUUUCUGCAAUCUCUCGACGACUUGCAAGAUUUUGGUGCCUUCGGGGUCAUGUUCAGUGGCGGGCAUGGUCUUUUCGAACUCAUUUCAUUAAUAUCUCUCUUUGCCGCAUCACAAGAGUCUCUCCCGUCAAUAAAUGGUGCCGCUGACCCGGAACGGUAUGAGAUAUACGAGCAACUCAAGAGUCGCAUUAUUAAUUGGAAUCCCCAGCCAACAGAAUACAAUGAGUAUGAGUUGCUGCCAGGGUGUAGAGCAACCUUGGAGUUUUGUCGACAGGCUUCGCUGCUCUUUCUGGAAACGGCUAUGUCCCCUUUCUCUAAAUACGACACCGCACGAAUCUGUCAUCUCCAGCCACUCCUUGACGUGGCUAUUUCCUAUAUGCCGCAGAUCUUGCCUUCCAAGUUCUCCUGUAUUGUUAUGUGGCCGCUCAUGAUAAUAGGCUCAUGUCUGGUGGAAGAAGACCAGCGUAUGGCCAUGAAGGACGCCUUGCUCCACAAUCAAUAUAUGAUGAGAAACACAGCUCAAGCGAGCAAUCUACUGGAGUUACUUUGGCGUGAUCCAGAUGAAUAUGCAAUCGGGCCAUAUGGACUGGGUUUGUUGAUGGAAAAUUACAAAUUGGACUAUGGGGUUAUAUGA